AUGCCGUUACUAGAUGUCGUAUUCCGAAAUCUGCAAGGUCUUGGAAGUUCGGCUGGUCAACAGAAUUGUGACCGUAUCGCAACUGCUAUCAUUAAGUCUACCCAAGAUGUGGAAGCAGAAUAUGAGGAAGGCGAAGAGGAACAGGAUGAGGAGUACUCAGCCCGUAUACACCUCUAUUUGCUAACCCGCUUUGUCACAUGCUCUGCGCGUGUUCACCAAGAGGGGCUCAUUUCUCGCAGUCCCAAACUGGUGCGCGGUGUGGCCAUGGGCGAGUUUGCUGAUACCUACAAUGGCGACAUUCAAGCGUGUCUUCGUGGUCUGGUGGGCAGUGCUCCGCUCGACCUCGGGAUCGAUUGUGAGGCUCGAAACGUAUCAAUUAGUAAUACAGUGUCAAACCUCGACCUCACCUCGUCAAGUCAGUCCGAUGCAGCCUCUGCACUACCAUGUCAAGCACCAACUGUGCUAUAUCAAACCCACUCAGGCUGGGUUAAGCACCUCCUACACCACGACAAGUUCUCCCCAACAUCCCUGCAGCUUCCGUACUAA